GCUAUCUCUUAUGUCUUCUUCCUUCUCCUCUUCUAAUAAUAAAUACUUCUAAUACCAAAUUUUGAAGGUUCGGCCGGAAUCGUAGGAAUUACUGCGAUUAUCAACGUGAUCGAAGUCCAUUAGCCACAGAGCCACAAAAUAAAAAUAGUAAAUCCAUCCGAAAAAAAGUAAAAAUACUUUUGUCCUACAAACACAGUCAACAAUACAACAACUGCGUUCACGCAGUAAAAUAAAUUUGAUAUAAAUUGUUGUCGAUUGAAUUCAAACUUAUGAAAACAACACGACAAUGAGUGUUUCUCUUGACAAAAACUUUUUUUUUAACUCUAUUCAACAACAUAAUCUAAGAGAUUUUCAUAAUUUUGCUGCGCCUCAUCUUCAAUAUCAAUUGAAUUUACCAGAUCAAAAAUUAUCUCAAAUGAGUACUAGUCACCAUAACAGUAAUUCAGAUCCUUCAAGACAUCAUAGUUCAACCACUUCACCAUCGUCUUCCUCUUAUUCAUCUAUCGGACAAUCUCUAGGAAAUGCCGCCCAAAUUCCUAAUAAUAAUAAUAAUUCAUCUUCAGAUAAUCAAAAUUUCGCUAUAAGUGCUGAAGUUUUUGAUGAUAUGAACUCACUUUAUCCAAAUAUUGAAAUGGAAAAAUCCGCAAUAAUCUUGGAUUCCCUCGAUUUUGAUAUUUCUAAUCCGAAUUUGUUUCUGAAUGAUGAUAUUAUUUUUAACGAUAAUUUAAUAACUACAAUACCAUCCGAAAAAGUGAUUUCACAAUCUUCUUCGUCUAACACGGAACUUGGAAAUUUUGAUUUUGAUUGGCAGAAUGAUCCUUUUCUUAAUCCAUUAUCUAUUUUUGACGAAACCAGUUUAAAUAUUAAUACACCUUUUAUUGAAAAUAAUUCGAACAGGUCGAUAAAUGAUACUAAUUCAUUUAUUACAGAAUUUCAGGAAACGAUGCAAAGUCCAGUUUCUACAAAUAAUUUAGAUAUUCUUGACUCAUCUAUUGGGAUAUCUAACAACAACAAUAACAAUAAUGAUAAUAAUAAUAAAAGACCUUAUUCAAAUAUUGUUGAUGAACAAUCAUCUUCUUUAUCAAAUUCUAUCGUAAAUAAAAGACCAAAAAUGAUUCAAAAUCAAAAAAAUGAAUUAGAUAUUAGUCGAAGAAAAUCUGUUGAUACUAUAGUUAAUUCUUUUAAUCGUACACAUAUGUCACAAACAGAUACAAUCACUUAUGAUACGAAAGUAUUGUCAUCACCGAAUACAUCGACAACAUCAACUCCCACAAAAGUUGAAAAUAUUGAUAUACCUUCUACAUUAUCUUCUUCGAAUGCUAUUCUUUGUGUAAACCGAUAUGAAUUCUUUCGUCAAAUGAAUAUAAGAUUAUCGACUUUAGCACAAUUUAUCAGACAAUCAUUUAAUAAUCGACAAUCCGAUUACGUAGAUUUAUGGGAACGAUUAUAUCCAUUAUUGAAAUUCGAAUGUCAACAAGUACAAAGAUUAAUUGACUUAACAGAUUUUAGAUUAUUAAAUUUUCCAAAAAAUAUUGGACAAUAUUCGGAAUAUUUUAUUGAAAGAGAUGCAAUGAAUUUUAUUCCUGAACACGUUACAGAUUAUAAAUUUCCAUUAAAAGUUCAACAAGAUGGAAAUGAAGGUUUUCGAGCAGUAUCAGUUUUAUUAAAUUGUAAUAAUAAUAAUGAUAGAGGAAUUGAAUAUUUACAUGAGGAAUUAAGAGUUCGUGUAGUAUUAGAAAUGGUGAAUCGUAUAGAAAAGAAUCGUCGUAUAUUUGAAAAGCACACGGAAGAAAUUUCAGCUAAUGGAGGGAAUAUUACCACAACAUCAGUAUAUGAAGGAUAUUUUCACAAACAUACGGUCGGUUUAUUAUCGAAUUUCGGAUUAUCAAAAAAUGAUCCACAAUACGCUAAUUAUAUAUGGCAAAUUGAAUCUUUGAAUACAUGUAUUGAUGGAACUAUUAUGGGAGUACCUCAAUUAUGUAUAUUGGCGAAUAUAUUGAAAGCUACAAUUAGGAUUAUUUAUCCAGAUAAAGAGAAUCGUUAUUUUAACACUCCGAUAAAAUGUAAGGGAACUAGCAAAAGAAUUUUUCAUUUUUUAAUAUACAAUCCUUUAUACGGAUUACAAUUUCCCGAACCACCUAUCGAAAGAUAUUACAUUGCUCCAUUAGUUAGAAGAAAUGAUAUUUUCUCAUUGGCUCAACCGACACAAUUACAAUCUCAACACUUCGAAAAACAAUCAUCGUCAUAAUUUUCUGUAAAUCAACUGUAUAAUUAAUAUUAUAAUUAAAUAUAUAAAUACUUUAAGCAAUAAACAAUAAAUUACAUAUUUUGUACUAAAUUGAUGGAAUAAUUAUAAUCACUAAACAAAAGAGAAAAACUACUCUAUAAAAUAUCCAUAAUAAUAAAAGAGUAUAUAAUAAAUCGGUACGGUAUGAUAAGAUAACAAUUAUGAUAAAUUGAACAAGAAAUGAAUAAGUAAAUAGAAUUAUAUUAAAUAUGAUUAUGAUUAUUAAGUUUUCAAGAAAAUUUUAUAAUUUGAAUUUUAGAUAGCAAAUUUUGCAUGUUUAAAAAUAAG